AUGGCGCGGCUUCCGCGUUCUAUCAAAAUCGUUGCUCCUCAAACCCGCCGAUGGCGAGUAAUAUUUAUCGGCGGAGAAAAGAAACAGGCCACUGGGAUCGUUGAUGAACAGGAUGGCUUUCCUCGAUGGGAUUGUGAAGUUUUGAUCGUGACUCCCAAACCCACGGACGCAGUGAGUAUGUUAGUGGUUGAUGGUAAAGAACGACACGUGGGACAAGUCAUCAUUCCGCUCGCUGAAAUCCCACCUGGUCCCCCUCCCUCGCUUGUGACCUCCCAACUCCACGUGCGAGAACUUGAACCGACCAAGCACAACUCCAAUCCCUGUGGCUACCUCAGUUUCUGGAUUUGGAUUGUCGACUAUUGGCCAGAGGGCACGGUUGCGCCGCCAGUCAAGAGUCUGGGGCACGCUCGGUCAUUUAGGGAAUCACUCUCUCAUCUUGGCUCAACCCUGAAGCCUCACACCCCCUCCAGGAAUGAACACGGCGGUGGGGCCGACUCCCACUCACGUCUCGGUGCCAAAAUACGCGACAUCAAGCAACGCGUGGGGCACAAGUCGCCCAGUUCACACGUCCAACGCUACACCAACAGCGACGACCACUCGCCCGCAGUCGAAAAUAGCCGCGAGGGCUCCGUGGUGAUGGGUGGCUCCAACCGUCCCCCCUCCAUCAUCUCCUCCCACCCUGGCCUUGGACCGAUGGGUUGGGCGGCUUCUGAGAUCGCAACCGAGUCGAAUCUGAAUGACGCUGGGAGUGGCAGUAGCCCGAGGCGUCCAGCUCCACCUGUGCCAACCUCCUACAACCCGCUUGCGGCUCCCGACGAGGAGGAGGACGAGAACUACCCGCGAAACAGGACUUUAGAACGCACGCCCUCGCUCUUCUCCGUAAACAACGCCGAUGGCACACAUGACUUCCUGCCGACUGCUGCUGCUGCUGAUGCGAGCUCGACCACUGGUGCUAAUACCGGCGACCCACUUACACCCAACCACCGAGAACUCAAAUGCUUGUCGCAGGUUUCUGGCCUCACCGGUCCCCAGGGAUCUAUUCUUUGCGGCAUAGGGCAACUUGACAACGUUCCUGCCCGCGAAGUUUGGAUCCCGGGUCGACCUUUUAAAUGCUUCUCUGAUAAUUUCCACUUCACGCGCGUCGUAAAUAUCGGUUCGAACCCGGUCGCAAUGUCCAGCACCGCAAGCCCCAUGAAGGCUGCGUUUUCCCACCGUCAAACUGUGGGCGGAACCCUGGUGUGCCGUUGUCCGAUUAGCCAGGCAGUAGCGGCACGAAAGGCUUAA